AUGAUAGAAUGGUCGAAGCAGCUCAAAUCCGCCUUUGGGGCUUCUUUCAUAUGGCUCAUUUGUUUGAUCUACUUUACCCAGGGUUUUAGAUCCUUUGUGUGGACAGCAGUUUCUUACCAUCUAAAGGACGAUCUGAAGCUGUCUCCCGCAGCAUCCCAGUUUGUAACCUCGGUAGCAUUUUUUCCUUGGAGUAUAAAACCAUUAUAUGGAAUUAUAUCAGAUUGUAUACCCAUAAGAGGGAGGAGAAGGACUCCAUACUUAUUUAUUUCGACAGUGCUAUCUCUAGUGCCAUGGAUUAUGUUAGGCCUAAAUGCAUCACUGAGAUCGUCCAAAGUGCCACUCAUGUUUUUUUUAACAGCACAGAAUAUAGGCUCUGCCAUGGCUGAUGUUGUAGCUGAUGCAAUGAUUGCAGAAGCUGUAAGGUUUGAGAGGGCUGCAUUUGCUGGAGAUCUUCAGUCAAUUUCUUGGAUGUCCAUGGCCUUGGGAGGAAUCUUUGGGAGUUUAUUGGGAGGAUAUGUACUGAGUAACUUGCAAAUAGAUGCCAUAUUUCUGCUGUUUGCCAUUCUUCCAGCUUUACAGCUUGUGUCUUGUGGUUUGGUUGAGGAGAGUCCUGCAAAUUCCAAAGAUUUAAGUGAAGAUUCAAAUUCGACAAGCUUGCAUAUGAGUAAUGGUGAUGAUAAUGCAGCAAAUGUGGACCGUCUAACUAAUGGUUUCUCCAAAACUAGCACUUCAAGGAGAAAGAAGAGCCAAAAAAACAGAAAGAAAGCAAUUUCGUUCAAUAACUCUCCAAAACAAGUCAAGAAUAAGUCAUUUUCAUUACAAUGGUUUUACUCGUUGAAGACUGCCAGUUACAGUUUAUUCAAUGCUUUUAGGCAGCCUAUCAUAUUGAGAUCCAUGGCUUGGUUUUUCUUGGCACACAUUACCCUCCCCAACAUUUCAACUGUGAUGUUCUACUAUCAGACUGAGUUGUUGAACUUGGAUGCGUCCUUCCUGGGAAAUGUACGAGUUGUGGGCUGGUUAGGCCUGAUGCUUGGAACUUCCAUUUACAAUAAGUACUUGAAGAGAAAGAAGCUACAAAAAACUCUUAUGUGGGCCCAGAUUGCAUUGUCUUUGCUAAUUCUCAUAGACAUGGUUUUAGUUUCUAGAGCAAAUAUUGCAUUCGGGAUUUCAGAUAAAAUGUUGGUCUUAUGGGGGACUGCAGUUGCUGACGCAAUCAACCAGUUCAAGUUAAUGCCAUUUCUGAUUUUAUCAGGACAGCUGUGUCCUCCAGGCAUUGAAGGGACCUUGUUUGCUCUAUUCAUGUCGAUGAACAACUUUGGAUCCACCGUGGGCUCAUUUGUUGGUGCUUGGUUGGCAUCGAUUUUGAACAUUUCUUCGGGUUCUUUUGACAACCUUCUUCUUGGAGUCGUCAUUCAGUUCUUUUGUUCAUUCAUCCCCCUGGCAUUUCUCUUUCUGAUACCUAAGGAUGCCACUGGCUUGUCCGCAUAGAUAGGUUAAUUUAGAAACUUACUAUUCAGUACAGACUAUACAGUGAAGACACCCAUCUUUGGUCUCUUAAUUUCGUUCUCACUGCCUUUUGUUAUCUCCCUUUUCACAGCUAGCACAGUAUAGAAAGAUCAUUGAUUAGAUUGUUGAGAGAUCACAAUAUACCAUAGAAAAUGUAGAGGUGUAGAUUCAUAGCUCUGGCUUAGAGCUAGAUUUUUGUUCUUGGAAAUUUUGUAUAAUGAUUAGUUGUAAACUAUGAGGCUACGAGAAGUUGUAGCAUGACUGUUCUGCUUUCCACCGGAAUUCAAUUGAUUGCCUUAUCAGUGUUCAUGGAUGAGUAUAAGGUUAAUCAGAUGUAGCUGUAGCUUCUUCA